AUGAAUCUGCUGGUUUGGAACAUCCGAGGCUUCACGGAUGAAUCUAAACUUGUCUUAAAGGAGCACUGUCGCUCUUUCUCUCCUUUGUUGCUGGGUAUCAUUGAACCCAAGACAGCGUUUCAGAAUAUUCCCAGCAGUUUCUGGAAGUCUCUUAAUUUGGUGCCUUGUUUUCAAAACUCGCGUAUUAAUAUGUGUUCUAACAUAUGGAUUUUUUCUCAGCCUGAUGCUCGCACUUCUUUGGUUUUUGCUUCGGAUCAAGUGGUUAUUAUUGAUUGUGCUUGGCAGAACAAGAUGUUUCGGGUGGCUGUUGUGCAUGGGGCUUCUACGUAUUUGCUGAGACGAGCUCUCUGGAUUGACAUUCUGGAUCAUGCUGUGAGCUGCUAUGUGGUGAUGGGAGAUUUUAAUGCCGUUAAGGGGGCGCAUGAAAGAAGAAGUAACUGCAGGCCCAAUGUUACUUCUUGUGAGGAAUUUAGCGAUUUCAUUAACGCUUUGGGUUGCAUUGAAUCGCCCACUAUUGGUCUGAAAUAUACGUGGUCGGGUCGGCGGUUUAUGCCCUCCCAUGUGGAAUCUAAGCUGGAUAGAGCUUUUUUUUCUGAUAGCUUUGCUAAUUUCUGGAGCGCGGCCUUCACUCACGUCCUGCCUAGGAACACUUCGGACCAUUCUCCUAUUGUGUUGAGCUGCCAUUCUAAUCAUAUGAACAACAGGAGGUUCUUCCGGUUUUUGAAUAUGUGGACGUUACAUCCGGACUUCUUGGAGUUGGUUAAGGCUUCGUGGUCUAGAACGAUAGAUAGCUCCUGUCCGAUUUUUGCCGUUAUGGCUAAGCUGAAAAUAUUGAGAACGGAGAUUCGUAGCUGGAACAGAAGCACGUUCGGCAAUGUUGAUACUAUGCUUAUGGAGAAGCAGCAGGACCUUUUGGAGAUUCAGGAGAAAAUUGCUGCCGAGGGCUAUACUGAAGAUCUGUUUGAUAAAGAAAUUGGGGCGCAAGCUUGCAUUAAUUCGGAGCUCUCCCGGAAGAAUUCUCUGCUGCAACAGAAAAGCCGUUCUUCUUGGCUGCAAGAUGGGGAUAGGAAUACUGCGUUUUUCCACAGUAUGCUCAGAUAUAAAAAGAAACCUCACAUCAUUUCGCAUCUUAUGAUUGAUGGGAAUACGUGUGUCGAUCAGAAUAGAAUUGGGAAUCACAUUGUGGAUUUUUUCACCAACCUCUUCACCGAGAAUGAUCCCCAGUCAGAUAUCGUGGAGGUUGAAGCGAUUCUGGAUCAUGUUAUUUCAGAACAGAAUAAUAAUAUGUUGUCUGCCAUUCCGAAUGAAGAAGAGAUCACUGCGGCUGUCUUUCAAAUGGAUCCUAACAGUUCCCCGGGGCCUGAUGGUUUCUCUGGAAAGUUUUUCCAACACUGCUGGGAUAUUAUUAAGAAAGAUGUUUGGCGAGCUGUUAUCACUUUCUUUUCCUGCGCUUAUCUUCCGCUUGGGUGCAAUGCUAGUACUCUCAUUUUGAUCCCCAAAAAAGAGGUUGUAGCUUCGGUUACUGAUUUAAGGCCUAUUGUUCUCUUGAAUUUCUUUUUUAAGAUAAUUUCAAAAGUCUUGGCGACUCGGCUGGGUGUUGUGGCUGCUCAACAUGUCUCGAAUAACCAAUUUGGGUUCAUUAGUGGAAGGUCGAUCCACGAUUGUAUUAUGCUUGGCUCGGAGGGCAUCAAUUGUUUGAGACGUUCUUGCAAUGGCCAAAACAUGGCGUGUAAAGUGGAUAUUUCCAAAGCGUUUGACACGUUGAGAUGGGGUUUCCUCUUGAAUGUGCUAAGAGUUUGUGGCUACAAUCAUCGGUUCAUUAGGUGGAUUGAGGUUAUUUUGUCUUCGGCUCGGCUUUCUAUCCUCUAUAAUGGGGAUCUCUGGGGUUUCUUUGGUUGCACUAGAGGUGUUAGACAAGGGGAUCCGUUGUCUCCCAUUCUGUUUGGAAUUGCUGAAGACGCUCUUAGUAGACUUAUCCAUAAUUGCGUCCGAUCUGGGCAUCUUGUGCCUAUGCAAUUCAGUAGAGGGGUGAAUUUUCCUACGCAUCUUUUCUAUGCGGAUGACAUCCUGAUCUUCUGCAAGGCCACCAAAGCUAAUGCUAGAACUUUGCUGAAGAUCUUGAAUUACUAUGGUGAUAUUUCUGGUCAAAUUUUCAGUCCUUCAAAAUCCCAGAUCGUUUUCUCGGACCGUGUUAUUGCGAGAACUAAGAGGCAGGUGACUCGGAUCUUGGCUCUUACUACUGGGAAUUUGCCUUUCACUUAUCUGGGUGUUCCGAUUUUUCGUGGCAAACCCAAGGCUUCGCACCUCCAAGCGAUUCAUGAUCGUAUCAUUAAUAAAUUUGCUCGCUGGAAAGGUUUACAGCUUUCCAUGGCGGGUAGACUUUGUUUAAUCAAUUCGGUCAUUAGUAGCUCUCUCACCCACUCCAUGAUGGUUUUCAGAUGGCCCCGUUCUCUGCUGAAAGAUUUAGAUGCUAAAUGCAGAAAUUUCCUUUGGAAUGGUGAUGUUAAUAAGCAACCUUCUUGCUCUGUUAAUUGGAAUAGAGUUUGUGCUGUUAAGGCUGAAGGUGGUUUGGGAAUCCGCUCCUUCGUGACUAUGAAUAAGAGUUUUCUUAUGAAGAUGGCUUGGAAGGUUAUUGAAGGGAAUAGCUUUGGCUUUGAUAUUAUGAAACGUAGGUAUCUCACUCCUUGUUGCAAAGUGAAAGCAGUGGCUCCCUCCUCGGUUUGGAAUGGGCUUCGUGAGGAAACGAGCGAGCUUAUCUGGGACUCUUUCAGCUACAUUGGUAAAGGUGACUCUACUCUCUUUUGGUUAGAUGACUGGCUUGGGUACAGAAUUGCAGAAAAAUGUGGUGUGCCGUUCUUUUUGAAGGAGGCUCUUACUCAAACUGUUGCGGAUUAUUUCUUUGAUGGAGUUUGGCAUUUUACUCAAGCGUUUGUGAAUUCCUAUCCGAUGGUGGUUUGCGACAUUCUAUUAUUACCUAUUGGAGACUCGGACACGAGAUUUUGGAAGCCUUCGUUACAAGGGAAAGUGACGGCUACUCUUGCUUUUUCCCAUCAUGGGCAUAAGUUUCCUACGGUCUCUUGGGGAAAGUGGAUUUGGGAGCCCUUCAUUCCGGUUCGUAGAUCGUUGGUGUGCUGGCGUUUGUUACAUGAUAGAAUGUCGACUAUUGAUAGGCUCAUUAGACACGGAAUGAUCACUCCGAACAGGUGUCCUAUCUGCCAUAGAGAUUCUGAGACGUCGGCACACAUUUUCUGGGAUUGUGCGCUUGUGAGACCUGUCUGGACCGAGUUCUUAAAGUGGUUUAACUUUCUGGAGGCCUUAAACUCGGCUGAUAUUCAUAGUUUUUUGGUUCUUGCUUGGAGUAGGAAGCUGAGUUCUCAAAUUAAUAAUUUCUGGAAAGGUGGGAUUAUUGCCAUGAUUUGGGCUAUUUGGAGUCAACGUAACAUGUGUGUCUUUGACAAUUUUAAUUUUUGUCCGAAGCGCAUUCUUCACGUGGUGAGAGUGUCUUUCCUGGAGAUGGAAAUGAAUUUUAAGAAGCUUGGUCACAUGGACAAUAGUUGGGCGGAUUAUACUGUUUUAAGGAAUAUUGGUAUUAAAGGUAGAGCUGCACCUCCGCCGAAUUAUAUCACGGUCAGCUGGUGGCCGCCUACGGCGCCUUGGAUGAAAGUCAAUACGGAUGGCUCAGCUAUGGGGGCGCCGGGUGCUAUUGGAUAUGGAGGAGUUUUCCGCGAUCACUGGGGAUGGGUUCGAGGAUGUUUCCAUUACAAGUACAGCAUGGGUUAUGCUUUUGAAGCGGAAUUAUUGGCUGUUAUUAUGGCCAUUCGUUUUGCUCGAAUGAGACACUGGACGAUGCUUUGGAUUGAGUCUGACUCCACCUAUGUAGUUGGUCUGCUACGUGAAAGGUCUAAGGAUGUGCCUUGGAGAUUCAAAGCUUCCUGGGACGACACUCUGAGUUCCCUGUCUUUGUUUCAGCUUCACAUCACACAUAUUUUUCGGGAAGGAAACAAGGCUGCGGAUUUAAUGGCGAACCCUUCGCGUGACGAGGGCUGGUGGCCUCAUGAGAUUGAAGAGAUAAAAGAUGUCGUUCGGCAAGAUAUGGCUAUGCACUCUUAUGUUCGUAUUUCCCGUUAG